CUUUAUCUUCAGUGAAGAAGAAGAAGAGCAGUCCGUUGCAAGCUCCCACCACCAGCAGCGCUAUAAAUUCCCGUCAGAAACGCACCAAGAAUCCCACCGAAACCGCUCCCCCCCUCGAUCUUCCUUCCCCUUGCAAUGGCGACGACGACGACGACCUCGCGCCUCGUUCUGCUCUGCUGCUGCCUCCUCGUCGCCUGCCUCGGCCUCGCCGGGGCGGACGACGGGCUCCGGCUGCCGCGCGACGCCAGCUUCCCGGCGGCGCAGGCGGAGCGGCUCAUCCGCGCGCUCAACCUGCUGCCCAACGGCGCCGGCCCCACCGGCGGUGGCCUGGGACUGGACGCGCCCGAAGCCGUCGCGCCAGGGGAGCUGCUGGAGCGGCGGGUGACGCUGCCGGGCCUCCCCGACGGCGUCGGCGACCUCGGCCACCACGCCGGCUACUACCGCCUCCCCAACACCCACGACGCCAGGAUGUUCUACUUCUUCUUCGAGUCGAGGGGCAAGAAGGAGGACCCCGUGGUGAUCUGGCUCACCGGAGGGCCGGGCUGCAGCAGCGAGCUCGCCGUCUUCUACGAGAACGGGCCCUUCACCAUCGCCAACAACAUGUCCCUCGUCUGGAACAAGUUCGGCUGGGACAAGAUUUCGAACAUCAUAUUUGUUGACCAACCCACUGGAACUGGCUUUAGCUACAGCUCCGAUGACCGUGAUACUCGGCAUGACGAGACAGGGGUCAGCAAUGACCUGUAUGACUUCCUCCAGGUUUUCUUCAAGAAGCAUCCAGAAUUUGUAAAGAAUGACUUCUUCAUAACUGGAGAAUCUUAUGCUGGGCACUACAUUCCAGCAUUUGCGAGCCGAGUUCACCAAGGAAACAAAGCGAAUGAGGGGACCCACAUAAAUUUAAAGGGAUUUGCAAUUGGUAACGGUCUCACGGAUCCAGCAAUCCAAUACAAAGCCUACACAGACUAUGCUUUGGACAUGAACCUUAUCAAGAAAUCUGACUACGAAAGGAUCAACAAGUACAUCCCGCCAUGCGAAUUUGCAAUAAAACUUUGUGGUACAGACGGGAAAGCAUCUUGCAUGGCAGCAUAUAUGGUCUGCAAUACUAUUUUCAACUCUAUCAUGGAUAUUGUUGGGACAAAGAACUAUUAUGACGUCAGGAAGGAGUGCGAAGGCAAACUUUGCUACGACUUCUCAAACUUGGAUAAGUUCUUUGGUGAUAAAGCGGUCAGACAGGCAAUUGGAGUUGGUGAUAUUGAAUUUGUCUCAUGCAGCACUUCAGUUUAUCAAGCAAUGCUCACAGACUGGAUGAGGAAUCUGGAAGUUGGCAUCCCAGCUCUACUUGAGGAUGGAAUUAAUGUGCUUAUAUAUGCUGGGGAGUAUGACCUUAUAUGCAACUGGCUUGGAAACUCGAGGUGGGUUCACUCCAUGGAAUGGUCUGGCAAGGCAGACUUUGCAUCAUCCCCUGAGGCAUCGUUUACAGUAGAUAACACCAAAGCUGGAGUUUUGAAGAGCCAUGGGGCCCUCAGUUUCCUCAAGGUUCACAAUGCUGGCCACAUGGUUCCGAUGGACCAACCGAAAGCUUCCCUGGAAAUGCUGAAGAGAUUUACACAAGGGAAACUAAAGGAAUCGAUUCCAGAAGAAGAGACAUCGACAUUUUACGCCUCGAUGUGAUCCAACAACAUCCGGAAUAACUCACUAGGUAGCCUGUGUUCAAGGAGUGUCUGAAGGUUCCUGCUUUCGUUGCGACCCUCUUUACCCCCACUGUUUUCAGCUGAAUAUGUAUAGCCCCAAUAACAAUGUUGGUCCUGAAAUGUAACUACACGAUGCACACUGCUGAUGUGAACUUCAAACAACACAAUUGGGGGGCAAUGUUUCAGACCCUUACUUUGAUCUCUUCAGAAGAAAAGAAAUGCUUUCUGAGUUAAUUCAUCUUGGCAA